AUGAAAAAAAAGGCUCAACGUGCUACUAGUAAUGUCUUUUCAAUGUUUGAUCAAAAACAAGUACAAGAAUUUAAAGAAGCAUUUAAUCUUAUGGAUCAAGAUCGUGAUGGUACAGUUAGUUUAGAUGAUUUAAAAGAAGUUUAUGCUUCACUUGGUAAAGCACCAAAAGAUACAGAAUUAAAAAGUAUGUUAGAGGAAGGUCAAGGUCCAGUCAAUUUUACAACAUUAUUAACUUUAUUUGGUGAUCGAUUAAAUGGUACAGAUGAAGAAAAUGUUAUAUUAAAUGCUUGGAAAAAUUUUGAUCAAGAAGGAACUGGACAGAUAAAUCAAAAAAGCCUACGAGAAGUUCUUACAGGUGAAGGACGUCCUGAAGAUCGAUUAUCGGAUAUGGAGUUCAGUCAAAUGCUUGAAGGUGCUCCAUUAGAUCCUAAAGGUAAUCUUGAUUAUGCUGCAUUUACACGACAAAUAAAACAGUUAGAAUUUAACAAAUGGGAGCAAAAUGUCGUCACUGUGGUUGGUGGAAAUGGAGAAGGAGAAGGAUUAAAUCAGCUCAAUUACCCUGAAGGAAUAUUUAUCGAUGAAAAUAAAAAUAUUUUUAUUGCUGAUUAUUGGAAUCAUCGUAUUGUUGAAUGGAAAUAUAAUGCAAACGAAGGACAGAUUAUUGCAGGUGGAAAUGGACAAGGAAAUCAAAGGGAUCAAUUGAAUUGUCCAACAGAUGUGAUAGUUGAUCAACAAAAUCAUUCGAUCGUUAUUGCUGAUUAUGGGAACAGACGAGUGAUUCAUCAAUGGCUAAACCAAAAUCAACAAAUUGUCAUUGAGAAUAUUGACUGUUCUCGUUUGGCAAUGGAUAAACAAGGAUAUCUUUAUGUUUCUGAUUGGGAAAAGAACGAAGUGAGACGAUGGAAAAUGGGAAAUAACAACAAAGGAAUUGUAGUGGCAGGUGGAAAUGAAAAAGGAAGUCAUCUUCAUCAACUAAAUAAUCCUGGUUUUAUCUUUGUUGAUGAAGAGCAAUCUGUUUAUGUAUCAGAUCAAAACAAUCAUCGUGUGAUGAAAUGGAGGAAAGAUGCAAUUGCAGGAACAAUUGUGGCUGGAGGAAAUGGUCUAGGAAUAAAUUUCAAUCAAUUGUCUUAUCCUCAGGGGGUCAUUGUUGAUCAUUUGAGACAAGUCUAUGUAGCAGAUUGGUGGAAUAAUCGAGUAAUGCGUUGGUGUGAAGGAGAUAAAGAAGGUGAAGUUGUUGCUGGUGGAAAUGGCGAAGAAUAUCAGUCAAAUCGAUUGAAUGGUCCCCGUGGUUUAUCUUUCGAUGAUGAAGGAAAUCUCUAUACUGUUGAUUGUUACAAUUAUCGAAUUGAAAAAUUUGAAAUAAUUUUGUGA